CUGCUCCAUUCUGCAUCCAUAGUGUUUCUCCAAAACAUAUCGUUCAAAUAAAAAAAUGCCUGAGACAGCUAAUUCCGUUGGUAGUUCCGGCCACAAGUUGGCCGGCAAAGUAGCCAUAGUCACUGGCGGGGCAAGCGGCAUCGGCGAAGCCACAGCCCGUCUGUUUGUAGAGCAAGGUGCAAUGAUGGUGGUGAUAGCAGACAUCCAAGAUGAUCUCGGCAACCAAGUAGCUGCAUCUAUUGGCUUUCACAGGUGCACCUACGUCCACUGUGACGUGGCAAACGAGGAUCAAGUAAAAAUCCUUGUGAACACAACAGUCAACUCUCACGGAAAACUGGACAUCAUGUUCAGCAACGCUGGCAUCUUAAGCCCUUCAGACCAGACGGUCCUCGACCUUGACAUCUCCCAAUUCGACCGCCUCUUCGCUGUCAAUGCUCGCGGCAUGGCCCUCUGCGUCAAACACGCGGCGCGUGCCAUGAUGGAGGGGCGCGUGAGAGGCAGUAUCGUGUGCACGGGAAGCGUGGCCGCCACACACGGUACUCCCCGGCGUGUCGACUACACCAUGUCAAAGCACGCGGUUCUCGGGUUAGUGCGCGCGGCAAGCCUACAGCUCGCAGCGCACGGCAUUAGGGUGAACUGCGUUUCACCCAACGCGCUGGCCACGCCUCUGACCUGUGCGUCGUUUGGGUUGGAGACGGAGGAGAUGCAAAUGCUGUACGCGCAUAACGCGAGGUUGAGGGGUAUGGUUUUGACUCCGAAGCAUGUUGCCGACGCCGUGCUGUUUCUCGUGUCCGGUGACUCCGAAUUUGUCACCGGACAUGAUCUCGUAGUCGAUGGUAGUUAUAUCGGUGGUUGACACUUUUAGUUGAUGUUUUAUAUAUUUUAUCAAAAUUGCGGAAAUGGAUCCGACAACAAAUU